AUGACUUCGAACAAGACAACAAUCAUCCCUAUAAUCCCCCUGGCAGAAGGGUCUGUCCUCUUGCCAGGCCUCACUCUCCGCAUUCCGCUCCAGGGUCGUGGCGAUAUCGCCGCCAUUCUCGCAAACAUCUACAGUAAAGCUGCCACUCCGACUCCCGAUCACACUUCAAUCAGUGUUGGAUGUCUNCCCGUCAACUCUCCNUAUCUCAGCUCCGAUGGCCAGAAACUCCUUGACGAUGGCAAAGAUUCGACUAGACGUCCUAUCGCAGGCAUAAACCCUGCUCAGGCUACUAGAGGCCAGCUAUUCUCUGUCGGCACCCUCGCAAAGGUCUCGGGCGUCCAGGGAAAGAGAAGAGGCGAACUCGCUCUUGUCGUUGAAGGUGUAAGCCGCUUCCAGCUCAACACCUUUGUCAAGGAUCGUCCUUAUUUCGAAGCCGAAGUCACCGUACACACCGAUGAACAUGUCGAUGAAUCAGACAAAGAGGUCCAGGCUCUCUUUGCUGAACUCAAGCAGCUCUCCCGUGAACUGCUCGCUCUGAUCAGACUCUCCUCCCUUCUACCACGUGCCCCACCCACUUCGCUCUCGCCACUCCUCGCUCGCCGUCUUGAACUCUUCAUCGUCAGGAAGGACCUACAAGAAGCUGGAGUCCUCGCUGAUUUCAUGACAAACAUUAUCGAGUGCUCGCAGGAAGACAAGCUCCGUAUCAUCUCCGCCCUCCCGCUUAAGCUUCGCCUCGAGCGUGCUGUCGACUUGCUACAGCGAAAUGUCUCGAGCAUUCAGGGUAACAACCGCAUCAUGUCUAUCAAGUCUGCCGUUCCAGAGAACGAUGGAGACUCGGAUCAAGCUGCACGCAUGCGUCGACAGCAAUUGCUCAAGAGGUUUGGAGGCGGCAUGGCUGGUAGCCGUCCUGGCUCGCCUAUGGGUCUUGGUAAACCUGAUGACGACGAAGAACCCAACGAGAUCGAUGAGUUGAAGAAGCGCCUCGACGAUGCUAAGCUGUCACCUGAAGCUGCUAAAGUUGCCGAGCGAGAGCUGAAAAGACUUUCUAAGAUGAAUCCUGCUCAAGCAGAUUACCAGGUCUGCAGAACUUAUCUUGAGAACAUUGCCGAAAUUCCUUGGACCAAGUUCACCGAAGACAAACUCGACCCUGCAACUCUAUCUCGAGCUCGUAAGCAGUUAGACGAUGAUCACUAUGGCCUGGACAAGAUCAAGAAGAGACUACUCGAAUAUCUGGCUGUGUUGAAAUUGAAGCAACAAGUAAACGCCAACCUUCAAUCUCAGAUUGACAAGAUUAUCGAAGAGGCCAAUGCUUCGAACAAGCUCGAGAAUGCUGAGACUUCCGAGCAAAAGAAGCCUGAACAAACCCCGGAAGAGGUCAGAAUUUUGGACAAGAAGCGUAUGGUGGACAAGUCGCCCAUUCUGCUUCUUGUGGGACCACCAGGUGUAGGAAAGACUAGUCUGGCCAAGUCAGUCGCCACUGCACUAGGUCGCAAGUUCCACAGAAUAUCUCUUGGUGGUGUAAGAGACGAAGCAGAAAUACGUGGACAUCGUCGAACGUAUGUUGCGGCAAUGCCCGGUUUGAUUGUCAGUGGCCUUAAGAAGGUCGGAGUCUCAAACCCUGUCUUCUUGCUGGAUGAGAUUGACAAGAUUGCUACGUCAAACCACCACGGUGACCCUUCAGCAGCCAUGCUCGAAGUCCUAGACCCUGAGCAGAAUAACACCUUCACCGACCACUAUGUCAAUAUUUCCAUCGACCUCAGCAAGGUCUUGUUUAUCGCCACAGCAAACUCUCUGGACACGAUACCAGCACCCUUACUAGAUAGAAUGGAGACUAUCCAACUACCUGGCUACACGACUGUCGAGAAGCGACAUAUCGCCAACCGCCAUCUUAUUCCGAAGCAAACCACCACCAAUGGCCUGGAUCACGAUCAGGUUGCAAUCGCUGAAGAUGUUCUUGACAAGAUCAUUACUUCUUACACUCGGGAAGCUGGCGUGCGCAAUCUCGAGCGUGAGAUAGGCUCUGUUUGUCGCAGCAAGGCUGUAGCAUAUGCAGAAGCGUCUGAUUCUAACUCCACCUCGUCUUACAGUCCAACAGUACGAAUGGAGGACCUCGAAGAUAUCCUGGGCAUUGAACGUUUUGAGGAAGAGAUUGCAGCUACUACAUCUCGUCCUGGUGUUGUCACCGGCCUCGUCGCCUAUAGCUCUGGCAGCCAGGGCAGUAUUCUGUUCAUCGAGGUGGCCGACAUGCCUGGUUCUGGUCGUGUGCAACUCACCGGCAAGCUUGGUGAUGUGCUCAAAGAAUCAGUUGAGGUCGCUCUUACGUGGGUGAAAGCUCAUGCUUUCGAGUUGGCCUUGACGCAUGACCCUAGCGAGGACAUCAUGAAGAGUCGCAGUAUUCAUGUACACUGUCCAAGUGGCGCCAUUCCCAAAGAUGGACCUUCUGCAGGAUUAGCACAUACGAUUGCACUGGUCAGUCUGUUCAGUGGCAAGCCUGUUCCACCCACUGUCGCUAUGACUGGCGAGUUCAGUCUGCGUGGCAAGGUGCUUCCUGUUGGCGGUAUCAAGGAGAAGCUGAUUGGUGCUCUUCGCGCCGGCGUCAAGAAAGUCCUGUUGCCAAACGCCAACAANAAAGACGUCAAGGAUCUGCCUGAAGAAGUCCUCUCAGGCCUUGAAAUCUGCCACGUUGGUCAUAUCUGGGAGGCCAUGCGUCAAGUUUGGCCUGAUGAUCACUGGCCGGGCGAGAGACAGUGGGAUGGCCUCGAGAGCCGCUUGUAG